CGUCCCGUGACUAUUCUUUCGAGUCCAGCGAUCAAAACAGAACAUGGCGCUGUAGAGAAGUGGUUCCCCGCGGCUAGAUAACAAAUACCUUGUCGAGUCGGACACUUUUGGACGCUGGCGGCCGCACAGAAUGCAAGUCUAGAGCGGCACAUCACCAUGGCCGAGGACCCUAGCAUUGUCACCUUCAGCGACGAGGAGGAGGACGCGGAAAAUGGUCUGCACAACCCUCCGGAGCUGCAGGGCGUCCUCAACAAGUGGACCAACUUCUUCCACGGCUGGCAGACGCGGUACAUCGUGCUGCGGGACGGCACCCUGACUUACUACAAGUCGGAGCAGGACACCAACUUUGGGUGCCGCGGUGCCAUCAGCCUGUUCAAGGCCACCAUUAAGGCUCACGAAUUUGAUGAGUGCCGCUUUGACGUGUCCGUGAACGACUGCGUCUGGUACUUGAGGGCUGAGAACUUGGAGGAAAAGAACGUCUGGGUUCAGACUUUGGAGACCUGCAAAGCUGAAUCUGGCUACGGAAGUGAAAAUAGCCUGCGACGUCACGGCAGUGCCAUUUCACUUGCCUCCAACACAUUUUCAACAACCUCGGCCUCCAGUUUCAAAAAAGGGCGAGGAUUAAAGGAAAAGUUGGCUGAAAUUGAAACAUUCAGAGACAUUCUUUGCCGCCAAAUUGAGACUUUGCAAGGGUACUUUGACAACUGUGCAGAGACAUAUACAGCAGUAAAAAAUCUAGAGAAUGGAGUGGCUGGCAAAAAUGGAGAUGACGCUGAAGCAGAACCAGAGCACGCCCUUUUGACACUGCUGCACAGUCAGGGCAUGCAAGCCCCUGAUUUCAAAGGUGAGGCGCUGACCUUUAAGGCCACCACCUCCGGAGUUCUUGCCACGCUAGCCCAUUGCCUGGAGCUGGUGAACCAGCGCGAAGAAGGUUGGCGGAAACGCCUCGAACGAGAGACCGAGAGGCGUAAACGUCUCGAGGACCUCUACAAGCAGGUCAAGGUUGAGUCUGAGAAGAAACAGAAGGUCGUCGUUCGCGGAGGACCUGAUUUUGAGGAGGGACCGCAUAGCGCUUUGAACGACGACGAGUUCUACGAUGCUGUUGAAUCUGGCUUGGACAAGAUUGACGAGGAGAUUGAAUUCAGGGAGCGACUCAAACUCAGCAGACCGCAUCCCUGUUCAAAAGCAACUGAACAUCCAUUGUGGAAAGAAAUUGAUCGAGUUUGCUUGGAACAACUGCACUAUGCAAGACUGGGUGUUGGGGAGGGAGGUUGGCAGCUGUUUGCCGAAGACGGGGAAAUGCGAAUGUACAAGCGCGAGGAGGAAAUCGGAGGGAUGGUGGUUGACCCUCUCAAGGCUGUUCACACCGUCAAAGGUGUCACUGGGCACGAGAUGUGCCACUACUUCUUCAGCUCAGACGUCCGCAUGGAAUGGGAAACAACUGUUGAGCAAAUGACUGUGUUGGAGUCGAUAGCAGAGGAUACUCUAGUCUUCCUGCAGAUACACAAGAGAGUAUGGCCAGCAGCGCAGAGAGACUCGUUAUUCUGGUCGCACAUCAGAAAAGUGCCUGACAAGCAAGACGAGGACGGACACGACUUUUGGAUUGUUUGCAACAACUCGACGGAGCACGAGGACUUCCCAGUAAGUAUUGCCAAUGGUGGGAAGUGCGUCCGUCUAUUCCUCACAGUUUGUCUUGUUUGUCAAACUUUCAUUGACCCUCCAAAAAAUGGCUCAGAAAUCACCAGAGAUAAUCUGACAUGCAAAAUCACAUACUGCUCAGUUGUAAAUCCAGGUGGCUGGGCACCUGCGUCCGUGCUGCGAGCAGUUUACAAGAGAGAGUAUCCUAAGUUCCUCAAACGUUUUACACAAUAUGUAUUUGAUCAAUGUAAGGACAAGCCAAUCAUGUUUUAAGCCAAUAUUUUUUGUACGGUUGUCCUUGGAUAAAGUCAUCUGUGCGGCUUUCUGUAAUAUGUUAUUACCCAUCAUUACAUUUGAUUGGUUUUCAUAAAAGCUGCCGAUUUUGCCUGACCAUUAAUUUAUUUUUUAAGUAGGCAGGGAAAAUCUGCAUCCUUUCAUUGAUUAUUUUUGGUGCUUGUUUUCACUUAUUAUUGUGUAUUUGAGUCACACAAAACGCUUUGAAUUGCAGCAGUGAGAAUCUCUGCAUUACAUUUUUGCAGUUGAAAAUAAUUAAUAAGCAAAUUUGUGCCUGAUGCAAAAUUGACUUACGGUAAAUGUAAAAUGCUAUUUAAGGAAAAAUACAAUUUUGUUACAAUUACAACU